AUGAAGGCCCUUCGACACCUACUCGCCUCCAUCUCUACCCUCCAGCUCGCACUCGCAGUCACACCUGCCACUGAGGGGAAUGGUUUGCCGCAAUGGCUGGCCAAGCUUCCGGACAGCAAGUCCGUGACGGGCAAUGUCACGGUCUCGCAGGGACCUGGCGGAAAUGGUGUCAGUGUACAGGCAUAUUUCCUGGGCUUGCCAACAGAAGGAGGACCCUUUCUCUAUCACAUCCACGAGAAGCCGAUUGGGCCUGACUGGAACUGCUCCGCUGCUGGCCCGCACUUGAGUCCAUACACAAGCGACUAUCCGUGCACGAACACCACUCACCCUGAAACUUGUGAAGCGGGCGAUCUGUCGGGCAAGCAUGGGAAUUUCACAGGCCCCAACUUCACAGCCAGGUUGGCAACAGGUACAUCAGGCUCCUCAUCAGCAGCCCUCCCUGCUGCAGCGCCGCCAGCGAACAUCAACACGAUCACGAUCACAGCGUCCGAGCCGUAUGUCCAGACUAUCACUGUCUCUGGCGAUGGUGGUUCUGGCCCGGCACCAAAAGCCUCUUCGAGCAGCUCCACUGCUAGCGCCAACGCGAACGUGAACACAGUCACGGUCACAGUAGUCGGCCAACCCGUCCACACUGUCACCACCCAUGACAGCAAGACCCCUCUCGUGGCCCCUGCCGCAUCGACACAUCGCACAUCUGCGAGUACGAGCUACAUCAACAACACCGUCACCGUCACGGCUGUCGCUCAAACUACGCAAACUGGAAAUGGCAGCACUACCAGCUAUGCGAAGACUGCCACUGUAACUGGCCCCAUGCAAAAUUUGACCUACCUCACGCCGUCAAGCACUCCGAGCUAUGGCGCAACGGUCUUUGUUACAGUAAACAGCACUGCAGGCGGCCCAACUCUCACCAGGACAAUCACCGCGAAUUCCACAAGUCCAAGUGGAGCCACGCUCACGGUCACUGUCCCGGGAAACGGUACGCAAAUCAUCACACCCAGUGCUCAGCCCAACAUCAGCUACAUUGCCACUCUGACAGUGACCGGGCCCCAAGUCACCGUCACCGCGAGUCAGCCUGUCUUGUCGACCACUACUUCCGUCUGGAAUCAGACCGUUACUUCGGUGAUACCAUUCGCGACUACCGUUCCAAUCGUUCAGACAGUCCCUAUGGUCGUCACAGUUUUGUCAGGAUCCACAGGCACUUCAACCAUCACCGCUGUCAAUCCCGGCGUGACGACCAUCACACAGUCCAACGGUAUUCCGAUCGGGCCGAGCACCACAACUUUGUCUGGUACUCCUUCAGCGAUUAAUCCAGUCAUCACCUCUCCUGCGGUCAUCACAACCACAAUCCCGGCGACAACGUAUGUCACCACUGCUGUUGGGACCUUUCCCUUUGUUCGUAUUGUGGUCUCGCCGAGUCCAGGAACAACAGUCACGAAUACGCUUGGCCAGCCUGGGACCGUGACGACUCCAAUUGUCACCGUUGUCGUCUCUGAUGCGCCACACGGGGUAGUCACGAGUACACUUUCUCAGCCUGCUCCAUCGACGCCUUCCGUUGUUACAGUGGUCGUCUCUUCGGUACCGGAUUCCACCAUCACAAUGGUAUCGACAACUUUACAGCCCACGACCACGAUCGCUACCGUGACAAAGCCAGCAUCCGUGGUGACGGUCACCAACGCCGGGCCUCUUGGAAUUGUGACGACCAUCUUGCCGAAUGGAGUCGCUACUACUUUGGUGAACACGUUGAACAACGCUCCUGCGCAAGUCGUGAGCAUUCUACCCAACGGUGUUGGAACGACGAUUGUCAAUGCGCCCGCACAAGUCACCAACAUCAUCAAGACCAAUCCGCUCGGAAAAGUUACGAACGGGUUGCUUCCCGCCAAGACGAGCACCGUCAAAGUCUCAGCGAAGACUUCGAAGAUCACACCCCCCAAGACGACAACGAUAAAAGCUCCGAAAGCGAAGACCGUCACAGUCAAGGCUCCCAAGGCGAAGACUGUGACUGUGAAAGCGAAGAAGUUCGACGACAGUGGCAGUAGCGAGGAUCAGGACCAGACUGAAAACAGUGCCACUACCGAUGGUCGCAAACAUUUGUUCACAAUUAGCCAAGAUGUAGUCACGGUCACCCAAAGCGUGGUGACUGUGACGGCUGGCGCAGCUCGACCCACUGGUUUCGGUGUCGCUGCUGCUGUGGUGGGUGUUGGCGCGCUUUUGCUGUGA